AUGACAACACCUGCUACGUCCAACUUCACGCUGCAGGACGACCAGCCACCCGUAACAAGUCAUGGACCAGUCAACCUUGUACUUCUGCUCCUACCUAGCGCCAUGUCCUCCACCAGUCCACGUGACCUCAUGUCUUACAACGACUACCUGACGAUGUUGUCUGUCUUCAACUGCGUGUUGAAGCCUGUCAUCAUCGCCGUGGGCGUGCCCACCAACGUCAUCAGCUGUGUGGUGUUCUGGCGCCAGGGACUGCGCAGCCGCAUGAACGUGUGUCUGUUGGCGCUGGUGCUGGUGGACCUGUGCUUCCUGCUCGUUGCCAUGGCAUUCAUGGUGUGUUUCUUCCUCGAACUCAUCGACCCCGUCCGCUUCGACGGUCUUUACAUUUCUCUCCAAGGACACAUCGUUGGAGUUAACCAUGGUUUUCGGAUUGCCUCCGGGUGUAUCACCAUGGUGAUCGCCGUCGAGCGGUGCCUGUGCGUACUGUUCCCGUUAAAGGCGGCCUCUUUGAUCAGUAGUCGUGGCAUGGCAGUGAUAAUGGUUGGUAUUGUUUGUCUCACACAGGUAGGUUACUUCUCCAUGCCAGCUACCUAUGUGGUACGGUGGACCAACAGUACACCAAGGUACGUCUUGACCAAAUCGUCUGACUUAUUUAUGCAAAACCAAAAGUUUUUUACAGUCUUGGAAAAAAUCAUAAUGAUGAAUGUAGUACCGAUAACCACCUUCAUUAUCACUUGUCUGACCACCGGCCUGACCAUGGUCAAGCUGACAGCCGCCAUCACGUGGCGAGGGAAGAUGUCAUCCACCAGUGAGCAGGGUCAGGAUCGACACACAGCUGUCAGCAAGAUGCUGGUGGUGGUCUGUGGUGUCUACAUCCUGUCCUCCAUCCCUUGUGUCAUGGUCUACGUCUCCACUUUAGUCACAGAAGAGUUUACUCUUCGUGACCGAGGCAGGUGA